AUGGAAGACUCUGUCAGUCGCAAAAAUCGAGUCCUGAGGAACUUGACUACCAGCCAAUAUGUGUUAGAGGACAAGUUGCAAUGUGGAAUUACCCUUGGUCACAUUGUUCUGAUGCGUAUCUGUUGGUCGUCUGAAAGUUCAACCGGCAUUCCGGGAGGAGGAUAUCUGGCCAAGGGUGACUGGGCUGGUUAUGAGUUCGGCAUUGUAGACGCUGGUGUGCUAGCAAAUAUGAACGGAGGAUGGGAAGAUGUCACCGAGGACACCCGCGAUGAGGUUCAGGUUCUGUGGUCGGGCGAUUUCGGACAAGAUUGGGAAACUGAAUGGAGAGCUCGAUACGACAUAGGCAAGAAGCUAUGA